GGUGCGGCAGCAGAACAGGAACGUCCUGCAUAAGCUGCAGCAGCUGAGGCAUGAGGUACGGGUCGUGUCUGAGAGGCUGGAUGAAACUGAGCCUCUCGACAAGACCCGUGCAGUGUCUCAGCCUGCCUUGUCGACGGUGCCUCCAGUUCUUCCUCGGCUACCUGCCGACAAUAUUGAAGAAUUAGAGGCAGCCGUGCGGGAUGAGGCUGUGGCUGCCACCUUCAUGUCAUCUGUGCGAAAGGUGGGGGGCGACCUGACAGAAGCACAGGACUUCAUUAAGGGGUGGUUGCCAGGGUCUGUGGACAGGGGUGGUGGCAGGAAGAGGCGUUUCGCAGAAACGUUUGCAACAGAGCAGCCCGAUGAUUUCUCCCUUCGGGGCAGGAAUCAUUGCCUGCCUACUGCUGCCCUCUCCCUGCCCCACCCUUGCCCUCAGGUCCCUGGCCAGUCCACCAUCGGCCCCUACUGUCUGGCUGCUGCUGCCCCUGCUCCUUCCGUGCUGCAGACCCUGCUCCUGCAGUCCCUGCCGCCCCUGCCCCUCCUGCUGCUACCCCUGGAGAUGAGCACCCCUACUGAUGCGUGCAUCAGUUCAAGAAUUGUAUUGUAAAUAGUAUUCUAAAUAAAUUAUAUUUU